AUGGCUCACGUUACAGUUGACUGGAAUCCACUUGGAAAGGUAUUUUAUAGGUAAGUGGUUCUUUUCAGAUCAGUCUGUCUCCAAGUUCUGGCUCGGCCCAUAAUUAUAAAAUGCUACCUAUUAUUGUUUUAUUAUUCAUUCAAAAUAUUUCCUCCAAGCUGAAGACAUCCUUACCUUUAUGUAAAAUUCCAGUAGUCAAACAUCUGCCUGUUUUUUGCCAGUCCCAGAUUAUGAGGGGAUAUCAUAUUCUUGCUGAUAUUCUUCAAAUGGUAGUUUUCAGUGUUUUUGUUUGUUAUUUCAAAGUUUUUGAGGGAGAAGUUCAGGAAAUUUAAUGAGGUUAAAUAUAGCUACUUAACUUAGUUAACGAUGAGGAGCUCCAGUAGCUGCUUAGUAGUUAGCUUGGCAUUAGCGUGGCAAUGGCGUGGCGUGUCGUUGACGUUUGUUAGGGUUUUAUAUUGGUACGCUUUGGCGAGCUGGCAGUUAUCCUAUGCUCUUUUGUUUUCUCCGGGUUUCAUGUUACUGUACUAGGCCUGUUGCAGGAUAAUUUCCAGUGCCCCCUGUGUCAGUGGUUUCCAUUGCGAUUUAUGCGUCUGCGUUUGCAAUGAUGUGCUCGUAGGGGUGUCUACAAAACAAAGACCUAAGACCUAUAGGGCACGGGUGUCUACAAAACAAAGACCUAAGACCUAAGACCCUAAAACGAAGACCCCAAAACGAAGACUAGUUUUUUUUACAGGCCUAUCAAACCAGAGCCAGUCAAGCCGGGUCAACGCUUUUCCUCAGACACCAACUGACGCGAAAUGAAUGGGGUCUUCGUUUUGUAGAUUAAACCGGGUCAAACUACAAAACGAAGACCCUCGCUUAAAUGCUUUGUUCGUUGUCAACUGAUGCGAAAUGAAUGGGGUCUUCGUUUUGUAGAUUAAGCCGGGUCAAACUACAAAACGAAGACCCUCGCGUAAAUGCUUUGUUCGUUGUCAACUGAUGCGAAAUGAAUGGGGUCUUCGUUUUGUAGAUUAAGCCGGGUCAAACUACAAAACGAAGACCCUCGCGUAAAUGCUUUGUUCGUUGUCAACUGAUGCGAAAUGAAUGGGGUCUUCGUUUUGUAGAUUAAGCCGGGUCAAACUACAAAACGAAGACCCUCGCGUAAAUGCUUUGUUCGUUGUCAACUGAUGCGAAAUGAAUGGGGUCUUCGUUUUGUAGAUUAAGCCGGGUCAAACUACAAAACGAAGACCCUCGCGUAAAUGCUUUGUUCGUUGUCAACUGACGCGAAAUGAAUGGGGUCUUCGUUUUGUAGAUUAAGCCGGGUCAAACUACAAAACGAAGACCCUCGCGUAAAUGCUUUGUUCGUUGUCAACUGAUGCGAAAUGAAUGGGGUCUUCGUUUUGUAGAUUAAGCCGGGUCAAACUACAAAACGAAGACCCUCGCGUAAAUGCUUUGUUCGUUGUCAACUGACGCGAAAUGAAUGGGGUCUUCGUUUUGUAGACUAAGCCGGGUCAAACUACAAAACGAAGACCCUCGCUUAAAUGCUUUGUUCGUUGUCAACUGACGCGAAAUGAAUGGGGUCUUCGUUUUGUAGAUUAAGCCGGGUCAAACUACAAAACGAAGACCCUCGCGUAAAUGCUUUGUUCGUUGUCAACUGAUGCGAAAUGAAUGGGGUCUUCGUUUUGUAGAUUAAGCCGGGUCAAACUACAAAACGAAGACCCUCGCGUAAAUGCUUUGUUCGUUGUCAACUGAUGCGAAAUGAAUGGGGUCUUCGUUUUGUAGAUUAAGCCGGGUCAAACUACAAAACGAAGACCCUCGCUUAAAUGCUUUGUUCGUUGUCAACUGAUGCGAAAUGAAUGGGGUCUUCGUUUUGUAGAUUAAGCCGGGUCAAACUACAAAACGAAGACCCUCGCUUAAAUGCUUUGUUCGUUGUCAACUGACGCGAAAUGAAUGGGGUCUUCGUUUUGUAGAUUAAGCCGGGUCAAACUACAAAACGACGACCCUCGCUUAAAUGCUUUGUUCGUUGUCAACUGAUGCGAAAUGAAUGGGGUCUUCGUUUUGUAGAUUAAGCCGGGUCAAACUACAAAACGAAGACCCUCGCGUAAAUGCUUUGUUCGUUGUCAACUGAUGCGAAAUGAAUGGGGUCUUCGUUUUGUAGAUUAAGCCGGGUCAAACUACAAAACGAAGACCCUCGCUUAAAUGCUUUGUUCGUUGUCAACUGAUGCGAAAUGAAUGGGGUCUUCGUUUUGUAGAUUAAGCCGGGUCAAACUACAAAACGAAGACCCUCGCGUAAAUGCUUUGUUCGUUGUCAACUGAUGCGAAAUGAAUGGGGUCUUCGUUUUGUAGAUUAAGCCGGGUCAAACUACAAAACGAAGACCCUCGCUUAGAGGCCGAGACACACGAUGCGACAAAUCGCUGCGACACGUCGCCGCGACAGGUUGCUGCAACAAAUCGCCUCGUGUGACAUGUGAAAUAAGGCCGGCUCGAACAUACUAGGAUAUUUUUUUCCCAUAAGCUCUCUAUUACAUUUGUGCUGCAUGCAAUUUUUUUCUUCGGACAAGCACUUGCAGGAAAUUUUUUUUCAAAAUCACCCACCCCCCCCCCCUCAAGAGUUAAAUGGUCGGCCCCUAAACAUGUUGCCCUCAAAAGUUAGAAAAACAAUUACAGCAUACAAAUAUGUAAAAACAAUACUAUCUAAUCUAAUCACUGUUAAUACAAUCUAGAAACUUUAAAGACAUGACUUAACUAGCCGACUUUCAACCUCUGUCCAUCGCGAAAAUCAACAUUCUUUAUCAACAAGCAGGGUUUUACGGACAGAUAUAUCGUUGUGUCAAAUUUAAGAGGUCUCCUCUGUCUCCUGUAUAAAAUGUGAUAAAAUUUGCCGAUACGUUGCGUGACGACGACAGAUUCCACAUACUCACUUUUUAGAACUAAACAUCUUUACAUUAUCCUUCAUAUUUCUUGUUAAAUAUUUUCACAUUAACUGUUAAUGUUUAAGCGUAAAAGCAUAUUUGUAAAAGUAUAUUUUUACGUACAUUAAUAUCCUAAGACCCCAUAGAUUUCGCGUCAGUUGACAGCGAACAUAGCCUUUAAGCGAGGAUCUUCGUUUUGUGGUUCGGGCCGGCCUUCUCUACAAAACCAAGACUUAAUUGAUUGAUUUCGUGUCAGCUGACAACGAACAAAGCAUUUAAGCAAGGGUCUUCGUUUUGUAGUUUGACCCGGCUUAGUCUACAAAACGAAGACCCCAUUCAUUUCGCGUCAGUUGACAACGAACAAAGCAUUUACGCGAGGGUCUUCGUUUUGUAGUUUGACCCGGCUUAAUCUACAAAACGAAGACCCCAUUCAUUUCGCGUCAGUUGACAAUGAACAAAGCGUUUAAGCGAGGGUCUUCGUUGUGUAGUUUGACCCGGCUUAAUCUACAAAACGAAGACCCCAUUCAUUUCGCGUCAGUUGACAACGAACAAAGCAUUUACGCGAGGGUCUUCGUUUUGUAGUUUGACCCGGCUUAAUCUACAAAACGAAGACCCCAUUCAUUUCGCAUCAGUUGACAACGAACAAAGCAUUUACGCGAGGGUCUUCAUUUUGUAGUUUGACCCGGCUUAAUCUACAAAACGAAGACCCCAUUCAUUUCGCAUCAGUUGACAACGAACAAAGCAUUUACGCGAGGGUCUUCAUUUUGUAGUUUGACCCGGCUUAAUCUACAAAACGAAGACCCCAUUCAUUUCGCUUCAGUUGACAACGAACAAAGCAUUUACGCGAGGGUCUUCGUUUUGUAGUUUGACCCGGCUUAAUCUACAAAACGAAGACCCCAUUCAUUUCGCGUCAGUUGGUGUCUGAGGAAAAGCGUUGACCCGGCUUGACUGGCUCUGGUUUGACAGGCCUGUAAAAAAAACUAGUCUUCGUUUUGGGGUCUUCGUUUUAGGGUCUUAGGUCUUAGGUCUUAGGUCUUAGGUCUUAGGUCUUAGGUCUUAGGUCUUUGUUUUGUAGACACCUCGUAGUUUUAAAGUGCAUGGUGUUCAGGGCGUUUUGCUCAGUGUUGCUCAGUUUUAGUGUUUUUUCCCCUUCCUCCUUACCCCUUAUUAUUAUUUAUUAGUAUUAUUGUGGUCCUUAUUUCUCCACUGAACUCUCAGUUCAGUGUGAUGGGUGCUUGGGCUGGGGCUGGCUGUGGCUGACGGGGCUCGUGGCUGGGUUGCAGGUAAGGCAGGCUUUUAAGGUGUUCUUGCUUCAGGCAUUAAUCUACCCAUAACAUGUGAAAUCUUCUACCAUUUACUCUUGGUCUUCAACACCAAAACAGCCAAACCAUCACUGAUCUGCUUCUUUGCUUGAUUUCUGUGCAUCCUUUUCCACUUUGGAGGUGUGUCUGACAGAAUGGUUAACACCUUGAACUCCGCAUCUGGAGGUCCAGGGUUCAAUCCUUUUUGAAUGGUUUUAAUCCGUUUCAAAUGGUUUCCUUUGACAAGGACCUUUACACCACUUUGCCUCUCUUCACCCAGGUGUAUUUAACAAUAUUAUUCCUCGAGCCCGAAUAGGCUGUGAGUCAAUAGCCCAUGAGGCCAAAGGCCGAAUGGGCUAUUGACUCAGAGGCCAUGAGGGCGAGAGGAAUAAUUGUUUUAGUAAAAUCCGACUAGUUGGUCAAAUCUAUCAAGACAAAAUAACUUUGCCUAGCAUAACACGAUUCAGUCGCCAUCGUUUUGGUUUUCAAAGCCGGCGCUUUCCGCUACUAGUGGGCUAUAACAUAAAGCCUAGUAGAAGCUCAACCAAUCAGAAUGCAGCAUUGAUCAUAGACCACUAGUUGGAUUUUACUAAAAAUGGAUACCCGCAAAAUACUGCUAGGGAGUAACCCUCCGAUAGACUAGCAUCCCAUCUAGGGGGGAACAGGGAAUGGCAAGACUCCUAUGGUCAUCCUUCAUGGUAAGGAAGCUGGGAUAAGCUCCAGCCUUUUUGGGCCUUUGGCUUGCGUGCACCUGUAAUCUUGUUUUUACCUUUUCCAGUCUGAGACUUUACUUUUGACAUCAGCCUUUAAAUCAAAGCAAACAUCUUUCAAUUUUGGCAAAUAACCAGCAGGCUCAGGAAAGAAAUACCGGGGCAGCCAUGGAAUUUAAGCCAAUCAGCAUAGGCGCACGGGCAAUUUUUUGCCAGGGGGGGGUGGUAAUCCAUUUGCCCAAAAAAUUCUUGCAAGUUGCCCAAAUUUUUACAAAACAGUCGAAAGGAAACUAGGGCCAUGCAACAAAAUAGGCCGUACUGACAUAUGAAAGUGGCUCGAUACAGUUUUUCAGAGUCAAUACCUGCCAAGUUUGAGCAUAAACUAUGUCGCCACAAACAAGCAUUUGGAAAAAAUUGCCACCACAGUUGUAUUAGAUAAAGAGGGAAAUUUGUGAUGAUCAGGAUUGCACUGACAUCGGAGCUGUCAUAGCAACGAAAUGACGCCAUUACCUAUUAUACUUGCGGCAAUAUUUCUCACUGGGAACUGUUCUUACAAAAUCGUUCAGGGAAGCUCUUUCUUCUAAUAGUCGCCUCGAUAUUUGUGAAGUUAAAACGGAACUGUAAGAGCGUUAUCGAGAUAUUUUGGGAUGAAGUUUUUAUUGUUAGAAAUAAGGUAAAAAAGGAAAAUCUUGAUGUUUAGAAAACGAAGUUUCAAUCUUAUUAAAAACGUGUAUGAAAGAUCAUGGAGAUAGCUCCUGCCAAUUGCUAAUAAGGAAGGAUUUGAUUAGCGCUCGAUCUUGUUAGGAGUUUCGUAAACAUUUCGGUCUACUUAAACAAAUUAGUGAAUAAUUUUUAAACCCUCGAUAGAUUUUUUCAAGAAAAUUAUGAUUCUUCUCAUAAUUCAAACUGAGAAUUAGUCAGCCACUUCACUUUCAGACCAUUGCUGAUGCGUGUUCUGCCACACACUGUUCUAGGAGCGGAGGUGAUUCUAGAAAGUUAUGCGGAAGAUUAUUCUAAUCAAUUCAUGACUGGAAAUAGCCCACUCCAGCUAGUACAGUGAAGUACAGUGCCCAACAACAACAACAAAAAAUCAGCAUAUGAUACCCUUCCCUUAUAACCAGAAACUCAUCACGUGCUAGGCAACCACUCGCUCGUGUGAACAUAACUGAAUUAUUACGCCGACUUCUGCUUAAAAUAGAAAAUAUUUGUGUCUUCAAAAUAUAAUAAUAAUAAAAAACAUGGAAACGUCUUUAAAAACUGGCUUUGCCCAAGUUUUCUCUUGCUGCCCAAAAAAUCCCAGUUGCCCAAACUUUGGGGGGGCUGCAGCCCCCCUCGCCCCCCCAGCCCGUACGCCUAUGCCAAUCAGUCAGGGAUGGAGAAAUAUUUUAAAUGUACACACUGUAGCUAUAAUUGAAUUACAGCAGAAGUUUUCUUCGCAAAAUGUGUUUGUCUUGAACAGGAAAGUAGAGCUGUACAGUAUGGAGUGGCAAGAUGCUGUGGAUCUAUCCCGUUUUAUUGUGAGUGCAGCACCUUUUGGUGGUCCAAUAGGUAAGUACAUCAGACUUCUUCUAAGUGUCAUUUAACUUGUACAGGGAGUACAAGUUUCAUUUCCCUCAUUAUUGUAGGGUAAAUAGGACUCACCAUGGUAAACGUUUAAGAGCCAGAAUCAAAGAAAUGCUCUUAACAGCACUGUAAGUUCCGGCAUUAAUUUGUAAGUUACAGUACCGUUCAAAAGUAAGUUGACAGUCCAUUGCGAGUCUCGAUUCUCGACUCAAUUCACCAUUCUCGAUUCCUGCGCAAAUUGAGAAUCGAGAAUCGAAAACAAGCUAUCGAGAAUCGAGUGGAGAAUCGAGUCUCACAGGACAGAAAACAAAAGAUUCACGCAUGACUGAUUUCUCUAAUUUUACAAUUUUGCGGUAUGGUUACAUUCCCACAAGCGACUGUAUGCGUGAAACAAGACCAAUUCAAAUUAUAAAGCGAAUGUUUCUUCAAGGGCAUCUGUAUCAAGCUUCAUUUCCUUAACUAAAGUUUCAAAUACCUGCUCCAAAUGCAAACAAACAGCACAUUUAUUUUGUAAGGUCAAACGAUUCUGGGCUUAAUCGGCCGCUUGGCUUGAUAAAGAUCAGCUGUAACAUACACGUCCGUCCGUAACAUGACUAAUCUUUUGCUCUGAAAUUGUGUUCAUGAUCCUUGAAAACUUUCGAGAAACAAUGGUUUUGAUUCUACUUUUAAUUUAGCGCUUUCUUAGUUUGAGGUAAUCGCUCGUAAAAUUGGGCCUGCUUUUUUCUGUGAUGGAACAGGAUACGAGUGAACUUUUUCGUUGCCUAGCAGGUGACUGCAGCUACCGUGAUGAAAAAUUGCGCAAGUGGUUUGUAUUAUACGCUACUAAAAAUUGUUUUCAAAGCUCUUGGAGGUUUCUGAAGUUUUCUGGCAGGUAUAUUCAAAUUGAAACUUUCAUGUAUGCAAUCACAUCCCAUAAAAAGCGAAGGGCAAAAUAUCAAACUGAGAUGCUUUCACGUGCAUGUAUCACAAAAACAGCAAUUCUGGUCAAGAGGUCAAGUUACAAGCAGAAUUAAUUACAAGUAAAGUUUCCAGCAAAAAAACACCCUAACUUUGGACACUGAUGAGUAGACAUUCAACCGCGAUAAUGCCGAUGGGCAUUCACAAACAGGCAGUAUUAAAUGGAUUUUAAAAACAGAAGGUCAUGGAUUGCUUUUCAAGUUUAACUAGUGAACUGGCAACUUUUGCUAUUUGAAUGAUGCAAAAUGCCGUUCGAACAAUUUAAAGGUUUCAACACAAAGUAGCACACGAGCCGUGUGAAGGAAUGCAAAUUUCCUGAAGAGUUCUCCCUGAGACAGCUGUCAACUGCUAUUUGCAUAGUUCAGGAAUUUCUCACAAGAAUCAAACGCUGAGUAGAGUUUGUUAUUUUAUAGAGUACAAAGACUUUUCUGACGUGAGAGAAGUUAGAAGAUUACUCAAAACUUGAACAAAGGUUGUUACUUGUAGACUCUCACAGCAGUCGAGUAUCAAGAGUAGAGAGCAAGUUACUCGAAACUAAACAAAGGCCGUUCCAGUUUGAUGGGUCUUGCGGGAAUGAAGAAUCGAGAAUUGAGACGCAACAAUUGAGAAUCAAGUCUCGAUUCUCAACUUGAAUCUCUAUUCUCAAUCUCGCAAGGAUCGAGAAUCAAGUGUCAACUUACUUUUGAACGGUACUGUAUGUCUAUAUCAGCAAGAGUCCAUUAUACUGUACCAGAAUUUUGUUUCAGUCAACUGUCUGUACAUGUCCUGCAGCCCCCCACAUUGAGAUUUCCUUUUUGGAGGAAUGGUUUGUAUUUGUUGUAUUUAAAAUUUUCAGUUCUGAUAAGAGAUGACAAGCAUUUUGUUCGAGUCCAAGGAUCAGCUGUUAAUAAACCCAUCAUUCAUAUUUUUUCCUCUGCUGGAAAAGAACUUGCCACAGUUAAGGUAUGUGUCUUUUUUUAAGGUCUACUGCUGCUUGUUGUUUAACCUGGGAACACAGACAAAGAGGAGUGUCGAUCAGACCGAGCAGGCUACUUGUUGUUUAAUAUUGACAAAUUUUGUGAAUGUUGUUCUUGGCUAGAAGACUAACUGUCAACUUUUUUUGUUAUUGCAUUGGAAAAGGGCAGGAACUUGUAUUAUCAUAUGGCUGGUUCUGUGAGCAGGAAAGAUGAAGUAAUAUUCUGACUGGUUACUGAAGCAGGCAGCCGUUUUUAGUGCUGUCACACAAUGCUCCUACCCACCUCCCUUGUGGGGAGGAGUGUUGCGUGACAACGCUAAAAACAGCAGUGAGGAAGACUAGUUCAUCAAUGCAUGGGAACAAGAACAAAAACAAAAAUGUUCUGCUUCUGUAGGCUAUUGAUCAAGUAUUCUUUUUUAUUCUUAGUGGGAUGGAGGCCCCAUAGUUCAGAUGGGAUGGUCCAUCACAGAGGACCUACUUUGCGUGGCUGAUGAUGGUACAGUGAUGGUGUAUGACAUUCAUGGCACAAUCAAGAAAACCUUGUCAAUGGGACAGGUAAGUGUUGAAUCAUUUUGUGUCAUGAAAAGGCUGAAGAAGAAGACAUGAUGCAUGUAUGUUUGUAAAGCACCACAGCUUGACCACUUCUGAUCAACUUGAAGCUCAUCUUAGCCCAUUGAUGCCAUAUCUUAUGUCAGUAAAUUCUUUAACCACCCCAAGUAAAUAAAUUUUCUGACAAAUUGAAUAAUCAUUAAUUUUUCCAUAACUGCAUGUAUAAGCAAAAUAAAUGUAAUUUAUAAUAUAUCAUAAUCAAAAACAUAAGUCAUAGACUGUUUGCUACUUUAUUAAAGGGGUUGUACAAAAAUAGAGUAUACUCAUACAUUUACUUUUUGUAGCAAAGGCAUAACCAUUGAAUAAUAUUACCCGUAUGUCGUGUAUGUUUCAGGUCAAAAUUUCAAUUCAGGUUAAAAGCUUUAAGCCUUGGUUGAUUCUCUAUCUCCUUUGUCUCCUGGUCCUAAUUCAUUCAUGAAUUAGCUCUUUGAGACAAAGGAAAUCAAGAAUCAACCUGGAUAUGAUUUUAACCCUUAACAUUCAUUGUAUUUAUGUUGUUUUUGCAAAAAAAAAAUGCACAGCAACUUCAUAGAUCUGGUGCUUCUAAGUUGGGUACAGGAGACGAAACUGGUAAUUUUUAUCUGCAUUUUUUUGUAGGAUUCCAAGGAAUCUAAAGUUAUUGACUGCAAAACCUAUAAUUUUGCUGGAAGGACUGGCAUAGCUAUCCUGACUAGUAAUUACCACUUUUAUGUUGCAAACAACGUGGAAGAGGUCAGGAGUCGACAGUAUUAUGACCCACCAGGUAAAUAAUGUUUUAUUUUUAAGUUACAUGUUCAUCUCACAUGCUUUUGUGAUCUAUAGAACUCAAUAUCUGCCUGUCUGUCACUUUCCUUUGGUGAUAAGUUUGAAUUUGAUGAGAGUUAAAGUGUUGUUCAACUGGCAAUAAAGAAAUCUUGUCACGCAUUAUUCCUUGUAGCAUUUGACUGACUUCAAGUGGGCUUGAAUUCUAACUUUUUUUUUGCGGCGAGAAUAUUCGUCAGGCUAUCUUCUCUUAAAUAUUUACAAUGAUCUGUCUUAGUUAAAUGUGUAUUUUGCCACAAGGAAAACAAUAACUGCUCUCGAUCCCAACUCGUUAAAAUUCUGUCCCCUAACUACUGAGGGCUGUCCCUAUCUGAGAAAACUAGAAAGUCUAAUGGUUUGCAGAUGUCUUUACAAAGGCAGCACUUUCUGCUCAGCAUUAAAAGACCCCCGCCUAAGUGUUGAUCCGGCCGGUGUGUUGAACCAGCGACCUCUCGCUCAGCAUACCGGCGCUUAUCCAACUGAGCUAACCGGACGGCAAAAAAUGACCAGUCAUGAAUCUUAAGAAACAUAGGGCCAGUUAUUUAAACGUAGUUUAGCCAGUGUUUAACAAAACCGCAUUCUGAGCCAUUUUCAAUUUGCCCAACGGUUUUAUCUAAACUCCGUUUAUUGUGAAGUGUUUUAUGAAAGCAUAUAGAGUAGAUUAGAAAAGCAUUUAUCUUCUUAAAAUAUCGCACUAAGGAAGAGAUUCUGGAGGUCCAAAGAUUCGUUAAACCCCGGCUUAAAUUCAACGUCGUUUAAAUAACCGACCCAUAAUGUUUUUAACCAGGUUUAGAUGCUCCACCCAGCAGCUGGGUCAUUAUGCCGCAUGACAGAGGUUGA